AUGGCAUCGCCGGUAGUGCUCGGUGUAGCUGCUCUUCUCGUCUUCUUCGUUAUUCGAUACCUUAAUUCGUCUGACGCUCCCAAGAUCAAGAAUCUCCCGGAGAUCCCUGGUGUUCCUCUUUUUGGCAACCUGCUUCAAUUAGGUACAGAUCAUGCUACCGUUGCUCAGAAAUGGGCGAAGCAGUAUGGACCAGUGUUCCAGACUCGUCUCGGAAACAAGCGCAUUGUGUUCGCCAACACAUUCGAUUCCGUUAAGCACUUGUGGGUCACAAACCAGUCAGCAAUGAUCUCUCGACCAACCUUGCACACUUUCCACACGGUGGUCUCGUCAUCCAGCGGAUUCACAAUCGGUACCUCUCCGUGGGAUCCUUCGUGUAAAGAGCGAAGAAAGGCAGCAGCAACAGCUCUCAAUCGUCCAGCGGUGCAAAGCUACAUGCCCUUCAUCGACUUUGAAGCCACAAGAUCAAUCAAAGAGAUGCUUGCAGACUCGAAAAACGGGACCAUUGACGUCGACCCAAAUCCUUAUUUCCAACGAUACGCCUUGAGCACCAGUCUUACCCUCAAUUACGGUGUCAAGAUCGAAGGCAGCAUCGACAACGAGAUGCUCAAGGAAAUCACCCACGUAGAACGUGAGAUCAGUAACUUCAGAUCCACAUCGAACAACUGGCAGGAUUACAUCCCGCUCAUGCGACUGUGGCCAACGAACAACGUGAAGCCACUCGAGUACAAGAAACGCAGAACAGCAUACAUGACCAAGCUGUUGAACAUGCUCAAGGAAAAGAUCAAGGCUGGUACCGACAGACCAUGCAUCACUGGCAAUAUCCUGAAGGAUCCUGAAGCCAAGCUGAACGACGCCGAGAUCAUGUCCAUCUGCCUGACAAUGGUCUCGGCCGGUCUGGAUACUGUCCCAGGUAACCUCGUCAUGUGUUUGGCAUAUCUGUCAUCCGAGCAUGGCCAGAAGAUCCAGCAGAAAGCUUUGGACGAGAUCAACAGGGUCUAUCCAGACGGUGACGCUUGGGAGAAAUGCCUGAGCGAGGAAAAGGUUCCAUACAUCACAGCUCUCGUCAAGGAGACUCUGAGAUUCUGGUCAGUGAUACCGAUCUGCUUGCCACGAGUAAGCAUCAAGGAUAUCGAAUGGCAAGGCGCUGUGAUUCCUUCUGGCACUACAUUUUAUAUGAAUGCGUACGCAGCCAACUACGAUGAGUCGCAUUUCAAGGAUCCCUAUAAGUUCGAGCCCGAACGAUACCUGGACAAGGAGAUGACGGGUAUUGAACAUUUCGGCUAUGGAGCAGGCAGCCGCAUGUGCGUGGGCAGCCAUUUGGGUAACCGUGAGCUGUAUACUGCCUUUUUGAGGCUCAUCACGGCAUUCCACUUCGUUGCACCGAAUGAUUCCAAAGAUAGGCCUAUUCUGGAUGCGUUGGGUGCGAAUGCUCUUCCCACGAGUCUUACAAUGGAACCAAAGCCGUUCAAGGUCGGACUCCGCGUACGCGACAGGCAGCAGCUGGACAAGUGGAUCAAAGAGAGCGAGGAUAGGACAGCAGAUCUUUGA